UCUCCUGGCAGGACCCGCAACGCCGCGUGCCAGGCGGUGAGAGAUGGAAGCUCCUUUUAGGAAGAGUCUCCCGUGCCGUCGGCCUGGGGAACUGGCCAAGAAAGAGGAACACUCUCCAAGCUGGCAAAAGGCAGUAUCUGGGUGCCCUUCACCUCAUCCCAACGCGAAGGGGCUGGGAGAGGAAGCUGAGAAGAACGUAAGGUGAAGGGCAGUCAACCAGGUGCAGGCGUCCCUGAAGGACCUCUUAGGUGAAUGACCCACUGUUCUCAUGGGGAUGGGGGUUGUCAUGGCAACUGAAAGAAGAACCGGGAUGCCCAGGCAUGAGAGGAAAAGUUGAUUCACUGAGUGCCUGUCCUGCGGGCAGCUCCCUUUCAGCGGACGGUUUAGUGGGAACAGGCAGCUAGUGCAAGGGAUGAAACUCCUGGUUUUCCUCUUCCCAUUGAUUGGGACGACUCCACAGAUCAGUUCAAAAGCUGGCGACCCUGAGCAUGUCUCCAGGAGUGAUGAGGCAACCGGAGGCUCCUUUGGCAGUGAUGAGAAUGUACAGGUGUGGCCAGAUGGCGCGAGCGACUCCCAACGCAUCAUUGGGGGCUACAUAGUUUCACCCCACUCUUCCAAGUACCUGGUCUCUCUGAAAAGGAAUACAGGCUACCAUUUCUGUGGUGGAGCCCUCAUCAGUCGGAACUGGGUCCUGACUGCCGCCCACUGCAAAACAGGAAUCCACCAGAUGUUGAUCGUAGCUGGGGAAUAUUCGCUUUCCACAUUUGAAGGCACGGAACAGAUCUUCCGACCUGCCCGCAUGGUGGUCCACCCAGAAUACAGCGCCACUUCCAAAAAUGCAGACAUCAUGCUUAUCAAGCUGAACCGGCCGGUGGCCUACAGCCCCUUUGUCUCCAUCGUGCCCCUUCCCCAGCAAGGAGCCACGGUCCGGGACGGACGUUUCUGCCAAGUCUCUGGUUGGGGGUACAUCACUCCCAUCGGGGGCAGGACGUCGGACACUCUGCGCAGCGUCCACCUCCCCAUCAUCUCCACGUGGAAGUGCAACAGCUCCUCUUCGUACGCUGGGUACAUCACCAGGAACAUGAUCUGUGCCGGGUUCAACACCGGGGGGAAAGAUGCCUGCCAGGGUGAUUCUGGGGGCCCCUUAGUGUGUGAAGGGCGUGUUUUUGGGAUCGUUUCCUGGGGCCACAGCUGUGCCAGCCCCAGAUACCCAGGUGUCUACACGGCUGUCUCCAACUUCCAGAAAUGGAUUUACAAGAUCAUCUUCAAGAAAUAA